CUCGCUGCGCUCCAUGUGACCUCACUUACUUCGCCUGUCAGACCAGCAGCCGCUCAGCUCAGCUUAGCGCUUGCCAGCCGGAUCGGAGAUGGAGGCGGGGUGGUGGGCGGCGGCGGCGGCGGCGGCCGUGGCCGUGUACAUGGCGUGGUUCUGGCGGAUGUCGCGCGGGCUCAGCGGGCCGCGGGUGUGGCCGCUGGUCGGCAGCCUCCCGGGGCUGGUGCGGCACGCGGAGAACAUGCACGAGUGGAUCGCCGCAAACCUGCGCCGGGCCGGGGGCACGUACCAGACCUGCAUCUUCGCUGUGCCCGGGGUGGCGCGCGGGGGCGGGCUGGUCACCGUCACCUGCGACCCCCGGAACCUGGAGCACGUCCUCAAGGCGCGCUUCGACAACUACCCCAAGGGCCCCUUCUGGCACGCCGUGUUCCGGGACCUGCUGGGGGACGGCAUCUUCAACUCCGACGGGGAGACCUGGGUGGCGCAGCGCAAGACGGCCGCGCUCGAGUUCACCACGCGGACGCUGCGCACCGCCAUGUCGCGAUGGGUGUCGCGCUCCAUCCACGGCCGGCUCCUGCCCAUCCUGGGCGACGCCGCCGCCGACGGCGCGGCCGUCGACCUCCAGGACCUCCUGCUCCGCCUCACCUUCGACAACAUCUGCGGCCUCGCGUUCGGCAAGGACCCCGAGACGCUCGCCAGGGGCCUGCCGGAGAACGACUUCGCGUCGGCCUUCGACCGCGCCACGGAGGCCACGCUCAACCGCUUCAUCUUCCCCGAGUGCGUGUGGCGGUGCAAGAAGUGGCUGGGCCUCGGCAUGGAGACCACUCUGGCGCGCAGCGUCCACCACGUCGACCGCUACCUCUCCGCCGUCAUCAAGGCGCGCAAGCUCGAGCUCACCGCCGGCAGGAAGGGGGACGACGCGUCGGCCACGCCGCACGACGACCUCCUCUCGCGCUUCAUGCGCAAGGGGACCUACUCCGACGAGUCGCUGCAGCACGUGGCGCUCAACUUCAUCCUCGCCGGCCGCGACACCUCCUCGGUGGCGCUCUCCUGGUUCUUCUGGCUCGUCUCCACGCACCCCGCCGUGGAGCGCAAGGUCGUGCGCGAGCUCUGCGCCGUCCUGGCCGCGUCCCGCGGCGUCGACGACUCGUCAUUGUGGCUCGCCGCGCCCUUGGACUUCGAGGAGCUCGACCGCCUCGUCUACCUCAAGGCCGCGCUCUCGGAGACGCUCCGCCUGUACCCGUCCGUGCCCGAGGACUCCAAGCACGUCGUCGCCGACGACGUCCUCCCGGACGGCACGUUCGUGCCGGCCGGUUCGUCGGUCACCUACUCCAUCUACUCCGCGGGGCGCAUGAAGACGGUGUGGGGCGAGGACUGCCUCGAGUUCCGCCCCGAGCGCUGGCUGUCGGCCGACGGCACCCGGUUCGAGCCGCACGACUCCUACAGGUUCGUGGCCUUCAACGCCGGCCCGCGGAUAUGCCUGGGCAAGGACCUCGCGUACCUGCAGAUGAAGAACAUCGCCGGGAGCGUGCUCCUCCGCCACCGCCUCGCCGUCGCGCCGGGCCACCGCGUGGAGCAGAAGAUGUCGCUCACCCUCUUCAUGAAGCACGGGCUCCGGAUGGAGGUGCGCCCGCGCGACCUCGGCCCCUUCGUCGACGAGCUCCGCGGCGCCGGGGCGGAGUACGACGCGGCGGCCAGGGCCACCGCGGCCUGCGCGUAGAAAGAUCGAUCGACGGAUCGGAUCACCCCGCCGGCGACUGCAUGCGCCGAUGAUCGUGCCCGCGGGCUGAGAAGGAAGGAACAGGUGGGAAGAAAAAAAAAGGCAAAUCAAAAGCUAUGUAGAUAGACAGUAAGUAAUUAAAUGGGUUGGUGAGCUAUAUUACUCCAUUUGGAACAAAAAUGCUUGUGUAAAAAGUCCAUAUCAUUUGAUUUGGAUUUGAAGAACAAAAAACAAAAGAGGAAGCCAGGAGAGCAAUAAUCUCUGAUGUAA